AUGGCUCCCCCAACAUCCCGGACGCCGCUUCGACGCGUAUCUCAAUCUUCGCUGCGAGAUCUGCAUAGAUCGUCUUUAUCUCAAGCACAUCCAGCUCCUACAACUGCUCUUGAUUUCCUGGCGCCUGUUCUGUCUGACCUUACAGAUGAAGCAGAUGCCUUGCAGCACAAUCUCGAACAACUCAACGGGUUAUACGAUGCACUGGGAACGUUCAACGAAGCUUUUGCAAGCUACUUAUAUGCAUUGAGAAUGAAUGCGUUUUGUGUGGAGUGGCAGCAGGCUCCAAGCGAAGAUUCGUUUGUCCGAGCAAAGGAGGCAGCCACGCGUGCAGCAGCAGCACUUGCCCGGCAGGCUCAUCAUCCAUCUUCUCCGACUAAAGACCCACCUCAUGGAUUAUCUGACAAAACGCGUACUACAGCCGAUAAUGGAAACACGACCUAUGCCACGACGGUGGGCUCUCCAAACGUCAGUGAGGUGAAGAUAGGCAUUCCCAAGCCUGGUUUGAAGAAGAGAGCACCUGCGAAGAAGAUGAGUCCUGCGGAGAAGAAGAAGCGAGAUGCCGACAUUGAGAAGAUCGUGGUGGUUAUGCCAAUCGAAUACAGAGGAAACGAUCCUGACACUCGCAAGUUGAUGGAAGGUGUCAUAAACAAGCUCAUGGAUGCUCCCAACGGUCUAAAAAUUGCAGAACUAGUGAAGGCACCGGACCUGACACAAGCACGGGUGAACAAAUGUCUGAUUGCCCUUGUAAGCAAAAAGAUCGUUCGAAAAACAUCUCAGAAUGGUGCCGCGAUGUAUAUUUUCACCGGCGUUCCACCAUGAAGCUAUCAGAUAUUGAGGGCGAUUCGGCAGAG